GGCAAGUAUAUAAAAUAUAACAAAUUGCCAUUCUUUUUUUUCUCUCUUUUCUUUUUAUUUUUAAAAAUAAAAUGACGAUUAAACUAUCAAAGACAGCCAUUGAUUUGCUUGAUCAAUCGAUUCGAUUACUUGAUUGUUUAAAUGAUGAUCAGUUCACAUAUGAAUCCAAAGUGAUGCCAGCGAGUACAAUAGGUAAACACCUAAGGCAUCUUUGUGAUCAUUUCCAAUUACUUUAUCAACAGUUAUCGUCCAACACAAUAAACUAUGACAUAAGACAGAGAGAUACUCCUGCUGAAAAUGAACGAUCCAUGGCAAAAAAGAAAAUAAGAGAAAUACAAGAGACGAUCAAAUCAAAUGACUAUACAUCACUCGAUACUCCUGUCUCUCUCACGGCUACCAUCAAUGCUUCAGAUCAUGAACCAUGUCAAUUUCAAUCUAGUUUUGGAAGAGAGUUAUUCUAUUGCUGUAUUCAUGCUAUUCAUCAUUAUGCUUCUAUUAAAGCCAUCUGUAUCGAACUUGGUCUGUCAGUUCCUACUGAUUUUGGUGUGGCACCUUCUACUCUUCAAUACAAUGGAAAAUAAAAAGUCACGCAGUACAAUGUUUUGUCAUUGGUUCAAUAAAAGCCCACUGUAAUGCAAAUAUAGUGAUGAGAAUAGAAAGCAAGGCCUUGUUUACAAGAUCAGUUCUUUAAAAAAAAUUAAUUAUGGGUUUCAAGUCUAAAGGAAUACGAAGCUAAAAGAUGCCUUUCUGUAAUCUUGAUUGAAGUGUAGUAUGCUGAAAGGAUAAGCAUGUAGAAUUACUUAAAAUGGCUUCAAUUGGC